CCCUCACACCCCACAGAGGUAGGAGCUUUGAGCACCAGGAGAGGGCCCGGGGCCACUGCUGCCCUCCCAGGGCAAGAACCAGCCUGCAGAUCCGGGCGGGGCCAGGGUCUGCCUCUGCCAGAAAUCCAUGCCAAAGUCCCUCGCCGGCGGCCACACCAACCUCCCCACCCUGGACGCGGUCGGCCUGGUGGACCAGAGUCUAGGAGAUGCCGGGACAUCCAGUUCCGCCCCUGUCUUGGAAGAGGGCAACAUGGACCCCUGGGCCCUCUCUCAGCUGAAGGACACUGACCAGUCCUGGACAGAGCUCGGUGCAGCCCGCAGACUGCUGCCUGGGCUCCGCGUCUUCCUCAAGGUCCGUGGGCUCCUGGGCGGCCUCUACCUGUUCAUCUGCUCGCUGGACAUCCUGAGCUCGGCCUUCCAGCUGCUGGGCAGCACAGUGGCUGGAGACAUCUUCAAGGACGACGUGGUGCUGUCCAGCCCCGUGGCCGGACUGGUCGUCGGGGUGCUGGCCACAGUGCUCGUGCAGAGCUCCAGCACGUCGUCGGCCAUCGUGGUCAGCCAUCGUGGUCAGCACGUGCUGACCGUCCAGGCGUCUGUGCCCGUCAUCAUGGGCAUCAACGUGGGCACGUCCAUCACCAGCACCCUGGUCUCUAUGGCGCAGUCGGGGCACCGGGAGGAGUUUAGGAGGGCCUUCGGUGGCUCGGCUGUGCACAGCAUCUUCAACUGGCUCACGGUGGUGGUGUUGCUGCCCUUGGAGGGCACCGCGGCCCCGCUGGAGAAACUCAGCGCCCUGGUCCUGGGGGCCACCAGCCCACAGGCUGGCGGGCACACACCGGACUUCCUCAAGGUGCUGACACGGCCACUCACACACCUCCUUGUGCAGCUGGAUGUGGACCUGACAACCAGCAGCGUAUCGGGCAAUGCCACCAACAGCAGCCUCAUUAAGCGAUGGUGUGGUGCCAGGGUGGACACGACCCCGGGGAAUAGCAGCAACUGUGGACUGACCGCCGCUGGCCCCUGCCCUGAGAAGGGCUCAGCCACCGCGGAGCAGCUGCCCCCCUACCACCUGUUCGCAGGCGCCCCGCUCACAGACCUGGCUGUGGGCUUCAUCCUGCUGGCCGGCUCCCUGCUCGAGCUGUACACCUGCCUGGUCCUCAUCGUCAAGGUGCUGAACUCCAUGCUGCGAGGCCAGGUGGCCCGGGUGGUGAGGACAGCCACCCACGCCGACUUCCCCUUCCCCUUCGGCUGGCUCAGUGGCUACCUGGCCAUCCUGGCGGGCGCUGGCCUGACCUUUGUGCUCCAGAGCAGCAGUGCCUUCACAGCAGCCGUUGUGCCGCUCCUGGGGGUUGGCGUGAUCAGCCUGGAGUGGGCAUACCCCCUCUUGCUGGGCUCCAACAUCGGCACGACCACCCCAGCCCUGCUUGCUGCCCUGGCCAGCCCCUCCAGCGUGCUGCUCAGCGCCCUCCAGGUCGCCCUCAUCCACUUCUUCUUCAACUUGGCUGGCAUCCUGCUGUGGUACGUAGUGUCGGUCCUGCGGCUGCCCAUCCCGCUGGCCAAGCGCUUCGGAGACCUGACCGCCCGCUACCGCUGGGUGGCAGUCGCCUACCUACUGCUCAGCUUCCUGCUGCGGCCCUUGGCCGCCUUCGGGCUCUCCCUGGCGGGGGACACCGAGCUGGCUGCGGUCGGGGGAUCCCUGGUGUCCCUGGUGCUCUUCGUCGUCCAGGUCAACGUCCUGCAGCGGCGACGAUCAGCCUGGCUGCCCCGCACCCUUCGGUCCUGGGCCUGGCUCCCCCUCGGGCUGCGCUCCCUGGAGCCCUGGGACCGUCUGGUGAGCCGCUGCCGCCCGCCGCCCGCCGCUACCAGGGAGGCCCACUGCUACGAGAACCCCGAGAUCCUGGCUUCCCAGCAGUUGUGAGAGGGGCGCCCUCGCCCCACACUGAGCUCUGGGUUCCCUGGGGGAUCCCAGCAGCAGCGGACUUCGGAGGCAGCCGUUAUUAGCAAAUAAACGAGUUAGUGACCCAGAUGUGGGUGGUCUUCCCUCU